AUAGAGCCCAAUGGGUGUUGAUCGAAUCCCUCCACCUAAAACCCUAAAUCUCUGAAUCCGCCAUGAGAGGAGCUCUCUUCAGAAACCUCUCUCUCUGUGCUCGCAGAGCUCUUCUCUCCCCUCGUGUUCCCUGUCCGAGCCCCGCUACUGUCCCAUUUCCUGCGGCCGUUGUCGCCGCAGCUCCUCCGAGACUCAGAUUCUUCUCGUCGGAAUCUGACUCUUCUGGCGAUAAUGCGAAUCCGGCUUCCGAGUCUUCGGUGGUUCCGGAAUCCGACAAGAAAGAUAUCGUCGUUGAGGAUGUGAGCAACAAAGAGCUGAAAACUCGACUGGAGCAGUAUUUCAACCAGGGCAACGAAGAGGCAUUGCCUGGAGUUUUGGAAGCACUUAUGAGAAGAAGGCUUGCGGACAAACACGAAGAGACAGACGAUGAAUUGAUGGAUGAGCUCCAGACACAGCCCUUCCAAAAGGUGGACGACGAAGAUUUUGAGAAUGAUUUCGAGGAGGCACAUUCUACUGAUGAGGAACUUGAGGAUCUGUACAAUGCUCCGGAAUAUGUUAUGCAAAAGAUGGGAAAGGAUGAAUUUUUCAACAUGGACGAUAAGAAGUGGGAUGACAUGAUCAGGGAGGCAACCGAACAUGGAUAUCUGAAGGACACUAAGGAGUGCGAGGAGAUUCUCGAGGAUAUGCUCAGCUGGGAUAAGCUUCUUCCCGAUGACUUGAAGAAAAAAGUCGAAGAUAAGUUUAAUGAGCUCGGGGAUAUGUGUGAAAGAGGUGAGCUCGAGCCUGAAGAAGCUUAUGAACGUUUCAAGGAAUUCGAAGAUGAAAUGGUCUUGCAAUACGGGGAGCAAAUGGAAGCGGAGGGACCUCCUGAGUUUGACAAUGAGGCUGUGCCCGACAAUAAAAAGGACCAAGAUGACGACCCUCCUGGCGAGGGUCCCAUCCUUACGUGGAAAUCACGCAUCGUCUUUGGCCCGGGUGGCGAUGCAUGGCAUCCAAAGAACCGGAAGGUGAAAAUGUCUGUGACUGUAAAGGAGAUUGGGCUCUCAAAGCAUCAGUCCAGAAGGCUGAGGGAGCUUGUCGGGAAACGGUACAAUCCCGGGAAAGACGAGCUUACAAUCACCAGUGAGAGGUUUGAACACAGAGAGGAGAAUAGAAAAGACUGCCUAAGAACGCUCUAUGGGCUGAUUGAGGAAGCUGGAAAAGCGAACAAGAUAGCAGAGGACUUGAGAACUUCGUACGUGAAGCAAAGACUGAAAGCCAAUCCAGCGUUUAUGCAGAAAUUACAAGCCAAGAUCACGAGGUCCAAAGGAUCAGACGCCGUCAGCGGAUAAGAAACUUUCGGGUUCGUACCCGCCUUCUGUUUCCCUUUUGGAUUGAAAGAAGAACAACAGAUGUUUUCCCUCUGAUAUUCUGCUUGUCUAGCAGGCAAUAACAUAUGAAUGCUGGUGAUUGUUUGCUUCUCACAGGGUUUAGGAGUUUAGGUUACCGGGUGGUUUGUCUUUUGUCGGGAAUAACAUGUUCGUUAAGUAUUGGUCAGAUCCAUGCAUUGUGGAAUUGCCGAA